AUGCAGCUCAAAGAUAUGGCUCCACGGUCGUUUACGGACGAAACUGUGAGACGAUUCUAUCAGAAAGAUGUACCGGAGGUUCGAGCCCAGUACGACUGUUUGCAUAAACUGGACGCGGGAAAUUUAGCUGCUUGUGCCUAUAAGGAAUAUUUACGUUUGAAUCAGAUCAAUCCGGAUUCCGACGAUCUUAGCCCCGAGGAGAAACAACGAAUCGCUUCCGAUUUUCGCGCAGUCUUACAGGGUGUGGAGCAAGAUCAUCAUCUCCGGACCGUGUCGGCUAAUGCUGGACAAGCGGAUUGCAGUUUUCUGCAAACAUUUGUCAAACAGUCCAAACUUUUAGCUCAUGGUAGUGUGAUGCGGUCCCCCACCAGACCGUCACUGCCAGUGAUGAACAGUACAAAGAACCGGGAACCCGUUCACCAUCAAGGGGAUUGGACGCAUCCCUAUUUUACCCUGUCCACACAAGAUGACGCGUUUAAUCACGUGUUGCUUGGCGAGAAUCGAUCGAUUCGCAGUAUGACCAUCAAUGAUACCUUGAUUGGUGGCGGAGCUGCUCGGGCUCGCUUCGAACGAUUGGAACGACUCGGUGAAUUGGAUUGUGAGAAUAGCGAGCUACAGGCGGCCCUGGCCUCGUCCGAACCAUCAGCGUCACUGCAUCCGGAGGCAGUAUGCCACCAAGCAAACAAUGUGGGAAAGUUUCACGUGGUACCUACCCAAUUGUCCAUGGAGCCAUCCAGUUCGGCACCGGAAGAUGAUAUAUUUGAACGCGUCUAG